CGCAUGUUGUAAUACUUCCUGGCUCCAUUCCAGUGAUGCCAUGUAUCUAAAUAGAUUUACUAGGUAGCCUACUUGCAACUUUACACUUCUACUCCAUUACAAUUAUGUUGCACUUUUUACUUUGCAUCUUUAAUUUUCAGUGAUUUUAACCGAAGUUCUUACUUGUUGUACCUUAUAUUUUGGAUGAUUUUAACUAAAACUAUUAGAUAUUGCACCUUCAAUGUUCAUUGUUUUUAAAGUCUUACAUAUUGGACCUAAUUUUUUUUCUUAUUCUGUCAUAAUGCACCUUUAUUUGAGGUUUUUAAAUUCUUAAAUAACACACCUUUAAUUUUCUGUGUUCUUAACUCAAAAUCUUACAUAUUGUACCUUUAGUUUUGAGUAUUUUUAACUUAAAUUCUCACAUAUUGCACCUUUAAUUUUGAGUGUUUUUAACUCAAACUCUUAUAUAAUGCACCUUUUAUUUUAAGGUUUUUAAAUAUAAUGCACCGUGUUUCCGUGCUCUUAACUCAAAAUUGUACAUAACGCACGUUUAGCAUUUCGCACAUCGCUGCUUUUAUUUUGAAGGCUGCAGAGACUGCCUUCUCGUGGUGAGCGCGCGCGUGUGUGCGCGCUUGACACGCAUCUCACUGGCGAGCGGAGUCAGAGCCGUGAAAGUGGCGGAGGCGGACAUUGUUGUGGUAACAGUCCAGCCCGAGAGGAUGAGCGGAGAUGAUGCACUUAUUCUGAGCGGAUAGAGGUCGAGAUUGGAUUGUGAUUUAUUUUGUUUUUCACUCUAAAGAAUGAAUCGGGCUUCAUAAAAAAAAUAAAGGGCUGCUGCACCGUGCGGACUCAUCACUGCAGCCGAGCGCGGAGCGGAGUUCAUUCAGCCGAGGCGAGCCGAGCACAGCCUGAUGAGACGAUGCCAGCGACGUGAAAGCCACAACAUCUGCAGGGUGUGCGUCCGAGGCUGCUGGGUGAAGCCUCCGUGGAUCGACCGGGGCCUUCGUGCAGAGAGAGUCCAGAAGAGCUCAGCGGGCUGCCUUCAAAACACUGCGAGAGGAGGUAAAAUAAGGACAGCUGUGUUCUCGGAGGCCUUCGGAGAACACAGCCUGCUGCUGCUGGGAGGAUGACAGAUUGACAUUAUCGGAGGGGUUUUUUUGCGGUGCAUCUUCAUUUAUUUUCUCAUCAUCCACGGAGAACAAUCACUGGGUUAAAUAACCACACUGAAGUCAGAGAGACUUGCAGAAGGAGAAGGAGAAGGAAAAAACAGCCAUCUAAAUAAAGACAUCACAUGCUCUCUGCUAUGAUUUGGCCUCCGGUGCCGUCGUGAUGACAUCUGGAUCACACUGGAUGCAGAUGAAGACGAGGAUGUGAUGCCCGAGUGUUGAAGCAUCGAAGCAUCCAGACACAUCUCAGCGCUUUUUUUUUUAAAACAAAAAAAUAGAUUCUCAGGUACCCUCAUACGUGUAGGUGUCUUUUUUUAAAAAAAAAACAAAACAAAAUGAGUACCGAAGGUGAGAUAAUCAACAGGGAGCUGUCAAAGAUGUCCGACGAGGAUUUGCUGGCGUGCUCCAAAGAGGAGCUGGUGAGCCGGCUGCGUAAAGAGGAGUCGGACAAAAUCUCAGCUCUCAUCCAGCGAGGACGGCUGAUAAAGGAGGUGAACAAGCAGCUGCAGGGACACCUCCUCGAAAUCAGGGAACUGAAGACCAUCAAUCAGCGCCUGCAGGAGGAGAACGUGGAGCUGCGGGACCUGUGCUGCUUCCUGGACGACGACCGGCUCAAAGUGAAGAAGCUGGCGAGGGAAUGGCAGCUGUUCGGCCACCACGCAGCCAAGGUGAUGCGGGAGGACCUGGGCGGCUACUUGAAAAAGCUGGCGGAUCUGGAGCGCAUGCAGGACGGGCUGGUGAAGGAGAACUUGGACCUGAAGGAGCUGUGCCUGGUCCUGGAGGAGGAGUGCGUGAGCAGGAGCGACUCCAGCCCGGGGGGGUCCACCGAGCUCAACCUGCCCUGCAUGGUGGCGCGGGACCUGGGGGACGGGAGCUCGAGCACGGGCAGCGUGGGGAGCCCGGACCAGCUCCACCUGGUGUGCUCACCUGAUGACUGAUGACAGGCUGACGUCAGCAGGGGGCUCGUCCAGCUCUGGAAAGAAAGGAAGCUGUAGAGUAUUAUGGGUUGAUGUGAUUGACAGAGGCUUUGUCAGACAAAUGGGCGCAGAAGCCUCCUGGAUUUGCUGCAAAGAUCCGUGUGCCACCAAGUGUUUGACUCGACAAAGAGACACGUUUUCAGGACUUUGAAGACAUUUUACCAGAUGAUACAGCGUCUAAAAAUUUUACAGUGUUUUUUCUAGCUUUCUGUUUUUUGGCGGGGUGGGGGAAAAAAAAACUCUCCUUUUUUCAGUGAUCUGUUGAUGAUAGAAAAAAAAAAAUGAAAUGGGACCAGAAAAGUGGGUCACAUAUAUAAAUUUAUCUCAUGCACUGGACUUAGCCUACACUGGUAGAAGCCUUGUUUUCUAUUGCACUGGACAGCGUUACCAUGGAUCUCUUAAAUCACACGAUCUAAAGAUUCAUUUCAAUCCAGUUUUGAGCCAUAUUUAGUCCACCUGAUCUCCAAUAGCACUGAAAAUAGAUGAGUUGUGAUAAAAGAAGACAAAAUAGAGAAAAAAAAAGAGAGAAAACAUUGAAACUAUUUGAUAUUUUGCUUUUUUUUGCUAGAUGCCCAAUAAUGUGUAAUAUUUUAUUAUGCACUCUCUUCCUCAGGACAGGAUUGGAGUGCCAUACGUGCAUGAUGAUUGUCACAGAAUUUGUACAGGCCUGUUGAAACCAGUCUGAUGUGGAGGCCCCUUCAGGUUUACUGUGGGUGGGGCAGUGGAUCAGACGCUGGUAUAGAGAUGUCUUUGGACCUCACUCAGAGCUGUCACCCCCUUUUUUUAAAAACAAACAAACAAACAAAAAACACACACACACACAAUCCAACUGGGGGAAAAAAAAAACUCUUUGUAACAAACUGGAAAAGGUCUAAGAAACGUUUGAAUGAUUUCUAUUCUAUCCAAGCCGAGCUGUUUUAAAAAAAGAAUUCACUUGUGUUACAUUUUUCUUAUGAAGUUGUUGUUGUUGUUCAAUUAGCAUAUCACAGAUUGUUUCGGCUUCCUCUUCUGUAACUCAUGCUUUGUAUUUACCCUGUAAACAUUAGGGAUAAUCUUGACUUUUGACCCCCUUCUUUAUCUUGAUUUAUCUGUAUUAACUACUAACCGAUUUCAGUUUAAAUCAUAGAUGAUGCACAUGGAUUAGAAAAGAUUUAUUUUGUUGUUUAGCUGUUUAUUGGUGGGCUAUGCUCGUAGUGCAUUGAAGAGCUUUAAAUACAGUGGGUAUGACACUUUG